GCUGGCAGAAAGCUGGUUACAGAUUAAUCAGAAUAUCCACUGCCACUCGACAGAAUGGCGCGCGCGGUAUGUUUCCUCUGUGCCUGUAUCGUAUUAUCUGUGAAGGCCACGUUGGUGUUCGCUCAAGAUCCACAAUCAACAUUGCCUCAAGAUGACCUAAUCAAAAAAGUGGAACUCAUCCAAGGUAUCACCCUGAAGAUUCCUCACAAUGACACGGAAAAAUUAUUUUCAUUUGAAAUCGACACUAAACAAACUGCUGCCGAAGGCAGAGGCAAACAGAAAAAACUCAUGGAGCGUAUCUUGCCUUUAUUCAUCAUGCCGUUCAUCAUACAAUCAACAAUUGUCCCAUUAUUUCUGAGCAUGCUUAAAUUCAUGCUCUUCAAAGCUCUUAUGGUUGGAAAAGUGGCUUUAGGUCUAAUAAUCCUGAACGCUUUUAAAAAUCAUAGUACAGUGAAGGGACGGGACGCAGAAAUGGCAGAAAUUCAUUAUGGUUACCAUGGAAGCAAUAUUGAAUAUGGAGCUUAUAUAAAUUGACAUCUAUUUUUGUCAAUCGUUAUUCACAAA